GCAGCAGUGAACAUCAGUUAAAAAGGAGACAGUCGGGCGCUGCUACGAUUCCUAUUAAACCCCCCGACAGUGUGUGUGUGCCUGAGUGUGUGUGGCAUCGGUAUGAGCUCUGUACACUCUCUCCGGCACAUCUGAUCAUCUCUAAUCCACAUUCGGUACUGGAUUUUCUCCAGAAAAAGGAUUGAUCACAUCCACUGGACCACACCGUUUAUCUCCUGACAAAACUGCACUGCUUAAGUCUCGGAGCUCUGACAGAAUGAGCAGAUUGGUGCAGUUCACGUGUGCUGUGCUUUUGCUGUUGGUUCUUGUAUCCUGUGCAGCGGAAACCAGAGCCACUCAGGGCGCUAUUCCUAAUCCGGGCAAAAGCAAACCAAACGAGUCUGAGCGACGACAGAGCGGCUCUUCUUCGUCGUCGUCAUCAUCCUCAUCGUCAGGCAGAGGUAGAGGCUCGUCUUCCUCUGCAGAAGAGGUGCUGGAAUCCAGUCAGGAAGCGCUGCAUGUGACCGAGCGCCGUUACCUGAAGCGCGACUGGUGCAAGACACAGCCGCUGAAACAGACCCUGCAUGAGGAAGGCUGCGUGAGCAUCACCAUCCUCAAUCGCUUCUGCUACGGCCAAUGCAACUCCUUCUACAUCCCGCGCCAUGUGCGCAGAGAGGAGGGAGCCUUCCAGUCGUGCUCGUUCUGCAAGCCGAGGCGCUUCACCACCAUGACCUACACGCUGUCCUGCCCUGACCUGCAGCCGCCCACCCGCAAGAAGCGCGUCCAGCGCGUCAAGCAGUGCCGCUGCAUCUCCAUCGACCUGGACUGAAGUGUCUGUUGGUGGAACUUUAAUCUUGAGCUGUUAAGUUCUGAGGACUUAUUUGAAUGAAAAGAACAAAUGAAAAGCACAUUUUAAGACUGCUUGCGCUGAUAUGGCGCAACCAGACGAACUCCAGCCAAGUGCACCGUCAUGGACACAACACCUAUUUCAAGGCAUCAUUUAUCACAUAGUUUCUCCACCGACAGUAAAAAUCUCAGCCUCAUCCAAGCAUUAAACAUAUACACGUGUUAUUUUCCUCACUUUUUAAAAGGAGCAAAUGUGCACAAAACAAGACGACUCGAAUCCACUGGCAAACACACAGCACCCUUUUGCAUCAUUUUGGAAACAUUUUGGGACUUUAGAGCCUAUUUAUGUAAUAAUAGCUAUUAAUAGGUAAUCAUGUAACAGCCUGUUUAUUUCUUUUAGUGCUGGAAGGUGUUUUUUCCACCAUGUGGAAAUUAGUGGUGAUCUAACAUGACAGGUACAGAAGACUUAUUUUAUUUUUUAUUUUAUUUAAUAUGAUAGAAGGACACUUGUAUAAUAGCAGGUGUAUUAUAUUGUCUGUUGGUUGUGAAUUUUGCGUUGUGGACAUUUUUAUGUUCCAAUUAUUCUAAUAAGACCUGCGUGAGAAUGACAUCAUAAAACUUAAACACUCACUAUAUGAUUUAUUUAAAAGCAAGUCUUGCAAAAAAAAAGAAAAAAAGGUUACCGGAAUUGUUUAUAAUGCAAGUAUUGCUGUCCAUUCUGUUUACAAGUCUUUCUACAUGAUUGUUUAAUGGGAUUGCUGCUUUAUCUUGACUGUAGGCCUAUUGAGUUAAUGUAUUAAUAAAAAGUGAAAUAAA